CCGUCUGUAGAAAUAUUAUUGUGAGUGAUGUCAGGAAAUGUUAUGAGGAGGAUUUCGUUUUCUGUUCAGUCAUAUCCACAGCGGUAAAUUCACGGUCUGAAGAGCUAAUCAUCGGAAAGACAGAAACAGACUGUUUAUGGAAUAAACAGCUGACGACAGAAGGGAAGGGCAGAGUUUGUGGCUUCAGGAUGCCUCUGUUCUACAAGAAGAAGAAGCCAAGUGAGGAGUCCAAGAAACGCCUGGAGUAUCAGUUGUACCUGUCUAAAGAAGCCGGAGCAGAUGACAUCCUGGACAUUUCAAACUGUGAGCUUUCAGAGGUUCCGUCCAGUGUUUUCUCCAUGUGCAAGGUGCUCCAGAAAAAGGUGCUCAUCCUUUGUGGAAACGAGCUCAAGUCAUUGGUCCCCAAAAGCUGUGCCAUAAGCGCUCUAGCUACUAUAAAGGUGUUGGACCUGCACGAAAACAAGCUCACUUCUCUCCCAGACGACAUUGGACAGCUGCCCUCCUUGCAGGUGUUAAAUGCAGAAAAUAACCAGAUCAAGGCACUCCCUGCGUCUAUAGGGGAUCUUCGGAAUCUACAGACGCUUAACAUGAAAGGGAACUGCCUCCGUGAGCUGCCCUCGUCUGUGGGAUGCAUGUGCAGUCUGCGCACACUGGACCUGAGUGAGAACAGCAUCAGAGAGCUGCCCAAAGAGUUGGCCAACGUUCGAACCCUGGAGAGCUUGACUCUUGAUGCGUGUGUUAUGAGCUACCCGCCUGCCUCAGUCUGCACAGCAGGCACAGAAGAAAUCCAACGCUUUCUCUGCUCAGAGCUGGGGUUAGAUUACUGUCCUCCCUCGCAGUACCUGCUGCCCGUGUUGGAAAACGAUAGCAGCAAGCCGAGCCCGGACUGUGUGGACGGGGAGGAUAUAGCCUGGCAGAGCAAAUUUAUGGAUUAUGAGAAGAGAAAGGAGCAGAAGCAGCUGGAGAAGCUGAACUUUGAGAAGGAGCUGGAAGAGAAACAGAGAGAGCAAGCACAGCUCCUUCUUCUCAACAACUCCCGCAAAGAGGGCAUGCUACUGUCUGUCAAACUGGAGCAGGAGCGUGUAGAGCAGGGUGUCACUCAGCAGCAAAAGGUCCAGGAGGCUGAGCGGCAGAAGCUGCUGGGGAAAGUUCGGCAGGCUGAAGCCAGCAUCUCCACCCGUAUCUCUACUCUGCUUCUGGACAACAAACGCCAAGCAAAAAGUGCUGAAUUUCUGCAGGCAUUAGAGGAAGAUCGAAUCCGUAUGGAGCAUCUUACUGCCAUCACGCAGGAAGAAGCCAGCUCUCUGAGAAAGAGAGACGUUGCAGUUGCUAUGCAGACAAUGUUAUCAGAGAGCUACUCGGUGAGGUUACUGCAGGAGGCCAGUGAGACCAGGAGACAGAAUAUGGUCUCUGAAGCCUGCAAGAGUAUGGAGACCUUGGACAGGAAGUUUGAGCAGGUUUUGGCCCUGCAGCAGCUUGAUAAAAGCAAAGCCAUCAGCCAGAUCCUUCAGGAGGAGGAGAUGCAGAAGGCAGCCUUCGAGGCCUUGCAGCUCCAAAGGGACAGUGUACAUGGCUACAUUCGCAACCAGAUAAGGCUAAUUGAGGCAGAGUUAAUGCAGCUCACAAAGCUGGAGGUUAAAAGGAGGAAUCUGGAUGCAGAAACCUUACAGGAGGCAUUGGCAGAGCAGAGGACAGCUCUCUCAGAUAUGCUCCAGCAGCUGCUGAAACAGAAGGACCAGAGGGAGAUGGAGCUCAAACAGAUCUUGAUGGAGCUGGAGCUGAAGAGUGACUCCACUCAGCAAAACUAUUGGAUGAUCCAGUACCAACGACUGCUGGAUGCCAAGCCACUGUCUCUGCGCAUACAGGAGGCUGGUGUGGAUAAGGACCUGGUGAACUUGCUGUAUAAGCUCUCGGCUCAGCAUUACCUGCCAGUCAUAGCUCAUCAUCGAAUCACAGCAGAGGCUCUGCGUCACAUGACCACCAAAGACCUCGGCAAGUUGGGGAUCAGUGAAGUGGGAGUACAGAAAUCUCUCCUGCACUGGGCCAGAGAACAACCGAGUUCUCCUAAGAAUUCGCCAAAGAUGUUCCAGGAGGAACAAGAACCUGGUCCGUCCAUACCCACCGCUCCUCAGCAACAGCAGCUGACCCUGCCUCUGACCCCCAGCACUCCCCUGACCCCUACAGCCCCCAGCCCACUGGACACACCCGGCACAAACGAGUGUGUGGUGUGUAUGGAGGAUAGGUCCCUGGUGGUCUUCUUACCAUGUGGUCAUAUAUGCUGCUGCCAAGUCUGCAGUGACGCCCUGCACUCGUGCCCGCUGUGCCGCAGCGACAUCUCUCAGCGCAUCCGCCUUUACCAAGGCUGAACCCGUCCAGGACCUGGUCUGACCACCCAUGCACUUUCACCUGUUUAGAAAAUCCCUGCAACUCAGAUACUCUCAUGAUGCAUGAAGUCCUAGGCUAUGAUUCCCCACAAUAAACCAGGAUCCAAUAAAUCAGGAGUAUUUCAAGUGGGAAAGGAGGCUUGCUACUAGAUAUCAAGUCACUGAACUUUAUGCAUUUCACUUAGUGAGAAUCAAAGAUUUUAGUCUCCUGAAUUUCAGCAGAUAAUCAACAGCUCUGGUUGUCAUGUUAUAUAUUUGCACUAUUUUAAUACCUGUGCCUUUUUGUGUCUGGUGUGUGCUUUCCCCAAAUCCUGACUGUGACUAUUAAAAAAAUUCAUCCGCAUGAUGUUGAACUAUAUCCAUUACUAAACUUCUUCCCUAUUUCUCAUGCUUGUGACUUAUGACUUAAAGCCCCUGUUAACAUAUUUCCAUAAUUAGCUUCUUACUGUGAGCUAUAUGUUCUAUGGUGAAUGGGUCAAAGGACCCCCCCAUUUCCUUUUGUCCCCCCUCCCGUUUUCGGUAAUGUCAGGUCUACCAACAUACCAGUCAGACUUAGCCAUCAGCUCCAACCACAGGGACUAAACUGAUUUCUUUCCUGCCUGAUUGCCCUGUUGUACCUGAGCGUGAGCAAAACUGCAGCUAGCAUUUUUGCCAUUUUAUACACACUAUUUUAGUGUAGAAGUUUUGUGUGGGGUAAUGGCAAGUAAUUCUACCUCUCCUUUUUUAACAGUCAAAGGAAUGAGAAUUAGCAGAGUAGCUUCACUACUCAUGAUCUAUACCUAGUGCUGUAAAAAGGUAGGCAAGCAGUGUUUUUGUCUAAUACAUACUUAUAUUGAAAAGCCAAGAUUAUAAUUUCAGAAAAUGUUCUUUGUGUUUGGAUGAUAUAAUCUCACAAAGUUAAGUGAAAUGUGAAACGUUAAUCUGAUCUUGCCAAGCUUCCCAGUCAAAACUCACGACCCUAAACGGUUCAUAAACUGCUCAUCGUCUGAUAGUAGGCAAUUAAAUGAGAGGACCGUAAAGCUCAUUUGAAGCACUUUUAUUAAGCCAGUUAUGAUGUCACAGUGCAAUGCUCUGUUCAUCAGGGUAGCGAGCUAGAAAGAAAAAGAAAAAAUUAAGUACACAAACUACAAUCGUGUAGUGUGGAGUCUUGCACCGUGAUGGUAGAAAGAGACAAACAUGCCACAUUUUAAACAUUUCAAAUGGUGUUCACAGGGGCUUUAAGACCAAAGGGUCCCCCCCGUCUCUGAAAAAAAUUCCCUUCCUUUAGCUUGAUCUGAAAGGGGAAAUACAGUACCUCACAAAAGUGAGU